GAUGCUGAACUUGUCGCGCGCGUCCUUGGACGACGCGGUGAAAGCAGCGGUCACUUUCUCGGACCGCACGCUGCUCCGUGGCACAAGCGUCUUCAAGGUUCUCAGACGCGGGGGCAGCGUGCUGCGUAACAGCAGCGGAAGCGAGACAACCUACGCUAUGUCCAGAUUCGUGAAGCAGAUCGAUGUCUUCAUCUCGCACAAUUGGUCCACUCCGAAGUCGGUGAAGUUCAGGGCCCUGGCAUUUACAUUCAACUUGCUGUGGUGCUUAUCCUUCAGCCUGAUCCUCGGCGUGAUCUUCAUGACCCUACAGGCCUUCGGCCUCCUACCAACGCUGGACAUGACGUACAACAACGGCCAUCGUUACAAGAGUUCUCCAUACAACAUGUUGGUUGGUACCAGCUUCUUCUUGGUUACCAUCUUCACCUGGCACGACCUGUGCGCACUGCUGGGACUUCUGGGGCCGACGGCGUUCCUCGACAAAACGUGCAUCGAUCAGGUAGACGAGGAGCGCAAGCUGAAGGGCAUUUCGAGUCUGGCCGCCUUCAUCCGCCAUUCCAACACGAUGGUGGUGGUCUACAGCGAUACUUACUUGUGCAAGCUCUGGACCGUCUACGAGUUGGCUUGCUUCAUGACCUUGAAGCCAACGUACAGGCUGGUGGUAGUGCCGAUCAUCCUUGCGGACGUAGUUUUCAUGGGCGUCAUUUUGUUCUUGAUCGCCCGCGUGCUGGACAUGAUCUCGAACAUGAAUCUGGUGCACUCGGCACUUGGGAUCGAGAGCUUCGGCGUAGCCACCUACGUGGUGUACACCGCGCUAGUUGUCCCGCCUGGCACGAUGUUUUGCAAGAUAUGGCGCAAGUGGAUGAACGAGCUGUCCCAUAUCUACGAGCAGGCCACGAGCUUCAGCGUCUACAGGGCUGAGUGCUUCCACGAGGGAGACCGGCCACUGCUCUACGCCAGCAUUGCCAAGUUCAUGAGGGCCAUCGGCCUGGUCCCCAAAGACGCACCUGAGGAGGCGGCGCUGGCGGCCUUCGAUAAGAAGGUGCAACUCGAGGUGCCUUACGCGCUGCAAGUCUCGAUAGGCCGGGUGGGCAUCCGCUACAGGCACGCGUGCGUCAUGUUCCUGCCGUUCUUCUCGAAGAAGGGCGAGACGGCGCGGCAUCUCCUGCUGCGCCUCGUCCUGGGCCUCACGUCCUACCUGGCUAUGUACCCCGUGCUGAUGGCGUUGGUGUCCUGUCUCAUGUGGGCGUCGCUGACGCUGCAGAGGCGGGCGUCCAUCUGGGCGUCCUACGUCGCCACGGCCACGCUCGUCGUCGUGCUGGCGGUCCUCUGGCACAUUGCCGACGGGCUGCUGCGCAGCUGGGCCGAGCAGAGUGCGGCGGGCCUCUGCGCCUCGCUGGCCACCUCCGCCGCGCUGUUCCUGCUGGCGGCGUGCCUGUACAGGCCCGUGUCGCGCCGCGCGGGGCAAGCGUCGCCGCCCGCGGCCUGA